UCAAUUUUUCUCAAUUUUAAUUUCCGUUCAUCGAUUCGAUGGUGUUGUUAUUGGUAUAGUGUGUGAUUCGCGUGAGAGUGAGGAGGAAAGAAAGAGGGGUUAGGGUUUUAACAUUCACCACCGCGAUGCGACGGAACUCAAAAUAGCAACCACCACCACCACCGUCAAUGGCAUCACCGUCGUCGUCAUCGUCGUCGGCGUUUUUCGUGAUCUGCAUUCUUCACUCUCUGAUCGCAAUCACCAGUGGAGGCCUCAUGAUGUUCUACAUGAAGGAGGUUUACACCUUCGGCCACGGCGUUCAGACGGCGACCAAGCUUCUCGGCUCCACUCCUCACGACCAGCUUCUCAUCAAGACCUCCGAUUCCUUCUCCGGCUUGCUCCUCGUCGCCAUCGGAUUCCUCCUCCUCAUGGUUUCCUUCGUUAGGGAUCGUGAUUUCCAGAACUUCUUCGCGAAAGGCUGCACGCUGCUCCAUUUCUUCAUGGCUAUGUGGAGGAUCUACUUUGAGCGUAAGGUGGAGGAUCUUGCUUGGGAUUGGCUUAGGCAAACUGUUGGUGAUAUUCUCUUGGCGCUUUCAUGGGUUUUCUUCCUUGUUUACUCUUGGAGAGAGAAGUAUGAUUGAUUUUCAGCUUUGAUUUUGAAUUUACUCUGUAAAAUUAUCGGAUCUCACAUGUUUAUCAUCAAAUGGAUAUUUAAGAUGUGCAUUAUUAUGUUGUGAAUUACCUUUUCCUGAAUUCAAUCUAGCUCAGAAAUGAAGAAUUUGAGUAUCUUUGUUGA